UUCUUGUUGGAGUCCGGAAGCACGUUGUUUACUAGCAACCGUCGCUGAGGACCAAAAUAGUUGCUAAGGAGCGUAGCUUGUCUUUUUGAAAUGAUAAAACAUAUGUGUUCGACAUUUAAUUAAUGAAUGACUACUCGUGACGUGUCUUACUCAACGGUGCAUUCGUUAUGAAACUUAUAUGACCAUGUUUCACGGGAACGUGUGGAGGGUUCAAAGGCGGCAUUGCUAGCAUUAACGGAGGAAACAUGUCUACAUUUGCUGACGAGACUGCUGCUGAUAUGCCCGUGAAGGAUAUUACCGUAACCCUCUCUCACUUUGCACCUGGGCCCCAAGACACCUCCUCGGGCCAAAAUGGUAGAGCGCAUCAGGAUAUUGCUCGGGUGUCGAGGGAGGAGCUGGAGGAUAGGUACCUGCGCCUCCAUGAUGAGAACCUGCUCCUCAAACAGAACAAUAACACCCAGGAGGACAAGAUCAAAAGGCUGGCCACCAAGCUGGUGAAGCUGGUGAAGGACCGCCGUCGGCUGGAGCAGCUGGUGACGGGCGCCGGCGCGGGGGGGAACGGGUCCCGCCCCGCGGCCCGCGCGCGCGACGUGGAGAUGGAGGAGGUGAUGGAGGAGCUGCACGAGAAGGUCAGGGGGCUGCAGCUGGAGAACGAGAGGCUGAAGCAACGGCUCCUGGUGGCCAAGCAGCAGGUGCAGGGGCAGAGCAGGAAGCCGAGCCCCUACGGCCGCGUCCAGUCCCGCGUCGACACGGGCCGCAGGAGGGCCAGGGAGGACUCCCCCAGCCCCUCUCGGCUGCACCAGAGAGGUACGAGGAGUGUGGAGGAAGGUGGCAGACCUCCAACGGGCAUGCUUCCCCGCUACGGACACUCCCUGCUGGAGGAGGCCAGGGCAGAGAUCAGAAACCUGGAGAACGUGCUGGAGAGCCAGCGGGGCCAGCUGGAGGAGCUGGAGAGAGACUCCGACCUCCUCAGGGAGCAGCUGAGGAGGAAGGAGGCGGAGCACCACGAGGCCCUGCUUGAGCUCCGACAGCACCACACGGACGGACAGAGGUCCACGGUCAGCAGUAACGUGGCCAUGAUCCGGCUGCAGAAACAGCUGGCUGAGCGGGCCAGUGCUCUGACCGUGCUGGAGGGCAGGUUCCUCCAGCUGCAGGAGGGGCAGAAGGCCAUGAAGGCCAGCCACCAGGCUCUGAUGGACAAGGUGGAGGAGGUGACGGGCCAGCUGAAGCAGGAGAGGCAGAAGAGUCUGGGACUGGAGAACCAGCUGCACAGCAUGAACUUCUCUCAGAUCAGAACCGAGGAGUUCCACGUUCGGAUCAGCGAUCUGGAGAAGGAGAGGGACCUGCUGAAGGACAACUGUGAUAAACUGGUCAACAGUGCAUUUGAUGUAUCCCAGGAGCAGAAGUGGCGCUUACAGGAGCAGCAAUUGCGAGUUCAGAUCGGACAGCUAGAGACGGCGCUGAAGGCCGACCUCACAGACAAGAACCAAAUCCUGGACAAGAUCAAGGACGAGAGAGAUGUAAAUGACAGGUUGACUGAAGAAAAGAAGCGUCUUCAGAUCCAGUUCCUGGAGCAGAAGCAGCAGUUGGAGGAACUGAACGAGCGUCUCAAGUUUUACACCAAGGAGAGUGAAUUAGGUGGGGGCGAACUCUCAGAGGCCCUGAUACUCAUGAGGGCCCGUAAAGCCCGUCAGAGCGGUGACCUGAGCUUCCUGGAGCAGGUGGAGGAGGAGGAGAGGGGCGGGGGGCCCCAGAGCUCGGUCUGGGACCUGCGGGCCGCACACGCCGAGACCAUCCAGGAGCUGGAGAAGACCAGGGGACUGCUGCUCAUCCAGAACCAGAUCAACAAGGACUACCAGGGAGAGCUGGACGCGCUCACGAGGAAAAUGGAGAGUGACAAGAUGGAGUACGAAGUGAGGCUGGAACAUUUGGCCAAACUACUGGACGGCAGGGCUGCUAAGGUCAAAAAGCUGGAAGUCCAGCUGAAAGACAUCGCCUACGGCACCAAACCCUACGUCUUCAAACCCGACGCCGCCGCCGUCGACCCACUCGGGGGGGAGGAACCGGAGGUCCGCCUGGAGCGAGGGGAGAACGUCCUGGAGCUCCACGUGGGGCGCGCCACCCUCUCCUCCUCCGCCCUGGAGUCCCUGGGCGACCGCCGGCAGCCCCCCGCCUUGUUCUGCACCUACGGCUUCUAUGACUCGGAGCUGCACGCCACCCCGGUGGUGGACGGCCGCGCCGGGCCCGACUUCAACUUCACCUCGCGCUACGUGGUGCGCAUGGACGACUUCUUCAUGGAGUACCUCCACACGUCCUCGCUGAGCGUGGAGCUGCACCGGGCCGAGGGGCUGGCCUUCAGGACGCUGGCUGUCGGGACGCUGCGGCUGCGGCAGCUGGUGGAAGAGGACGGCAAGGCCAGCGGGACGCUGCAGCUGGUCGGCGUGUCGGGGGAGGUGCAGUGCUUUGGCUCCCUGGAGUUCUGGAUGAGGCUGAAGGUGCCGAUGCAGCAGACCCUCCGCCUUUACAGGGAGAGGCUGAGCGCUCUGGGCUACAUCAACACCGCCUUGAGAGAGGAAAGACCUGCGGACCCCCAUAGCAGCGUUAACGUCCUGGGGGUCACCGUGCAGCGCUGCAGUGACCUGCCCACCGCGGGGCCCCGGGAGCCCAGCCCCUACGUCUUCUACAAGUUCUACGACUUCCCGUACCGCGACACGCCCGUGGCGCACGACCAGCGUCACCCUGCCUUCGGCCACCACGCGCCCUACUCUGUCGCCAUGGACGCCGACCUGGACCGCUACCUGAAGUCGGAGGAGCUGCAGCUGUACGUGCUGGACUACAAGGAGGAGCAGACGGACGCCUACCUGGGCAAGGCCAGGGUGCCCCUUCUGACACUGGGCCAUAACAAGGCCAUCAGUGGUAAGUUUGAGCUGAGCAGCCCAUCUGGGGCGCCUGCAGGCCACAUAGAGGUCACGCUCAGCUGGAAGUUCCCCUACCGCUCCCCACCAGGCUCCACCAUGACCGUGGAGCAGGCCACCAUGGUCCCCCAAGACACACCUGGCAGACCCACUCCUGAGCUCCAACGGGUGGAGGAGGUGGUGAAGCAGGAAGAUCCGCCUUUGGCAGAAGAGAGGAAGCCUGACGGAGAGGUGGAGGUUAAAGAGAAGGACGCUAAACAGCUCCCUGAUCGCCCGGCCCCUGACCACAGCUCAAAGGCUCCGCUGCCCAAACCGAGACAGAUUACCCGGAUUAAGGAGGUCCCCAAGAAGGUGUCUUUCCUCAACACAGACGAAUUCAACCAGCAGGAGGGGGGCUAUCCCCCAGAGAAGAGGGAGAGCUCCAAGCUGCCGCCCAUUCAAAAGGGUGCCUCUGAGGGGACUCCGAUACCUCCCAGCAGCACCCACGAGGACGAUGAGGAAGAGGUGUCCCAGUUCUCCGAAGGCCAGCUGAUCCCAGCGAGCUCCCAGUCCUAUUCGGAGGACUCUGAGAUGUCAGAGGAAAGCAUUGCAGAAGACAUUGAAGGAGCCUCCUCAGUGGUGGGGGGAGGUCAAGGGGACCUCUCUGACAGCGAUGACUGUAUCGUCCCAGGGCAGAGCUCGGUUGGGACCAAGUCCUCCGAGCGCCUGCGUGUGGAGAUCGUGUCGGUGAACCUGAAGCCGGAGUCGCGGGCGGCCCACGACCCCAGUGUGGUGCGUCUGUUUGUGGAGUACUCUCUCCUGGACCUGCCCUCCGAGGAGACGCCCCUGUCCCUGCCCAAGCCAGCGCCGGGCCAGAGUGUCCACUACAACUACAGCAAUGUGAUCCACGUGGACCAAGAGAACAACAGGCCAAGGAGAGAGCUGCUGAGAGGUGUUCUGGAAGGUCGAAACCCUCAGAUGGAAAGCAUCCGGUUCACGCUGGUGAGUGAGCCCCCGGAGGAGGAGGAGCAGGAGAGGGAAUGUGAAGAUGUGGGUGUGGCCUAUCUCCGGAUCCCCGACAUACUGGAGAAACAGCAGGACUUGAUGGAGAGCAGGCUGAACGUGGUGGAGGUUGACGACAGCAGCGUGGUGUUGGGCACUCUGACCGUCUCCGUCGAGGCCCUGGACGCCCUGCGCUCCAUCAUGGACGACCCCGAACACGACUACACCGCUGUGACCCAUCUGCAGGAGGAGACAUGACACCCGAAGCCUACUACUACUACUACUACUAUUACUACUACUACUACGACUGCUGCUGCAGAAAAAUCAUUAGUAAACGAACACACACCGUUAACAUACACCAGCCCACUGGAAUUGCAUUUGAUUGCAAAGAGAAUGAGAACACAAUGUGCUGACACUGACUACCCGAACUUGUUCAGAAAUGAAGGUUAGCCUUGAAGGCACUCGUUACUUAAUGCAUUCAAUAAAACAGAGCCCCGCCCCAGCACCUUGUUCAGUAAACAAUCACAACCCUGCUCCGAGCCUAUUCUCUGCCUCUGGCCCUUGAGCAGCCAGCCUAGCUUGUCUGAGCUCCAGAGAGCUACUGACCAUCUAUCAGGCUCAGUAUGAGCUGCUCAGUGAGCUGUCGUUUCACUACUAAGAAGGGAAUUCAUGAGAAUGUACUGUUUUUCAACGUCUUGGUUUGAUAGAACUACUUCAAGAAUAUUGGAAAUUGUUGACAUUUUUGUGCAAGUUUUAGUCAAUUAGUCAAUUAGUGUUUAUAUUUAUAUUAGGUGUUCCACACAGUAUUUUUACACUUGAAAUAGAUUAUUUGAUGAGCUUGGUUUGCACUGUAUAUAAAGUAUAUUUAUAUAAAGUGUGAAAUUACAUCCACAUAAAUUAUGUUGAUAUCAUAAAUACUUU